AUGCAACACAAUGAUACAAGUUCAAAUAAUUUAUUUACAAAUAUUGAACGGUUAGGUACACGUGAUUUAUUAUCCUAUGGACAAUUUUCAUAUGAUAUUAUAUUAACAUCAAUCCAAAAUGAUUUAAUGACAUCCUUAAUAAGUUAUAAUUUAUGUAAAUCAAGUAUAUUACUUGAACAAAGAACGAAAGAAUAUAAUGAAUUAUAUCUACGUUUAAUUGAACGUAAUUAUAAAUUAAUAACUAAAAUUCAUGCAUAUGCAUCAUGUUUAUUUUUACUUGAAAAUGAUAAUUUAACACAAAAAAUUAUAUCAAUUAGUCUUGAAAAACUUUUAAUAGUUGAACAAACAAUAAUUGAUAGUUCAUCAAUAAUAUCAUCAUCAGAUAAUAUUCUUAUUGAACUUGUUGAAGAAUUAUAUGCACGUACAAAACAAUCAUCAACAUUAUCAUAUGAAGAUUUAAUUUUAUUACGUCCUUUAUCAUUAUUACUUUCACAUAUUAGUUUUUUUUCGUGCUUUAAUUAA